AUGGAUAUGUGGAACAAUAUAAGAAGAAUAAUUCAAUUAUAUGACGAUGAGGAGGACAAUGAGAGUGUCUUAAUAUUUGCUACUCUUUUAGAAGAGCAGAACUUCUAUCAAAAGAGGCGUUGUAGGGAUUCCAUUUUACAAGGGGAAACAUAUGUUAUGGAGAUUUUAAACGGCCAUAGAGAAAGACGUUAUGAAAAUUUUAGGAUGUACCCUGAAGUUUUCAGAACAUUGUGUAGUACCCUGAAAGGUAUAGGGCUGAAGGAUUCUAAAUUUUUAACUGUUUAUGAACAAGUGGCAAUCUUUUUGCUCACUUUAUCUUAUAAUCAAAGGAAUCGUGUUGUAGCAGAGAGAUUUCAACACUCCACUGAAACCAUUUCUAGACACUUCCAUGAUGUGUUGCAUGCAGUAUGUCAGUUGGGCACCCAUAUCAUUGCCCCUCCUAAUUUUUCUGUGAUUCGGAAUAAGAUUAGAGAGUCUUCUAGGUUUUACCCUUACUUCAGGCAUUGUGUGGGAGCUAUAGAUGGAACCCACAUUCCUGCAACUCUGCCAGCAAGUACACAACUUCUAUUUCGUGGUAGAAAGGGUUAUACUACACAAAAUGUAAUGGCUGUAUGUGACUUUGACAUGAGGUUCACAUAUGUGCUAGCUGGGUGGGAAGACUCAGCUAAUGAUUCGAGAAUCCUAAAUGAGUGUACUGAAAAUGAGGCAAUGAACUUUUCAGCUCCAUCAGCAGGUAAGUAUUAUUUGGUGGACUCAGGGUAUGCCAAAAAGCCUGGUUAUUUGGCCCCAUUUCGAGGUCAUACUUACCACUUUCAGGAAUACCGUAGGACUAGACAACCUCGUGGUCGGGAAGAAGUGUUCAAUCAUAGGCAUUCAUCUUUGAGAAAUAUAAUUGAGCGAUGCUUUGGGUUAUUGAAGAUGAGAUUCGCUAUUUUGAGGCAUCAGCCUGAUGACAUAUUUGAUGGUAAUGAUCCUCCUCAAAGUGAUGGUGAAGAUGAUGAGAUUGUUGAGCAUGUGCCUUCGGCUCAGCUUCGAGAAAUGGAUCAUUUGCGUAAUACUAUUGCUGAUCAAAUUUGGAAUUCUCUUCAGCACUCUUGA